ACAGAGAAACGGUACAAGUUGUGAUUGUAGCUCAGUUUUGUUUUGAUGUUCAUUGAUGAAAGUAAUUGCUAGAUGGGUGAUUUAGUACCAGGUCCCCGGUAGAGAAUACUUUGUGGUUUUCGUUUAGCAAUUUUGUUAAAGAUCGUUCUUCGUGAUCAAUUUUGUUCGCACGUCAUUUGGAUAAUACAUCGACGAAGCCAGGAUGCCUUCACAGAACCAGAAUUUGCGCAAUCGAAAGUGAUGGUGAUAUUUACCGUGAGAUACCGGGACGAUCCUUCAACAUUCGCUUAUCAGUGCACAGUUGUCCAGUGAUUGUGCAGUUUGCUUAUCAUCGUUUCAGCAGGGCAAUGAUGUGUUUGGAUAAGCCCUGGCGUAUGUUUGUUGUUUCAUCUGAACUGAGGAUAGCAUUUAUAAUUACACUUUUGGAACUGAUUCCUGCCGCAUAUGUACACUGUACAAUUUGCUGAAUUGGACCAUAGAAGAAGAGCACCCAACAUGCAGUUUGAAUAUCAGCUGCUUCAACAGCAAGACUCGUCCGAGCGCACGCAAGCUCCUCCCGGAGUCCGUCGGAAAGCAAACUCUAAGGUCGUUGCCAACAAUCUGAGGUUUUCGUUCCUGUGCUUACUGGUUAGUGCAUCGCUGCUGAUUUUCCUGUUUCUUACUUAUACCGACUCAUUCCACCCAAUUGUGGAUAGUAUUGCUGGACAGUUAGGUUAUCACGAGAAAGUUUACGCUGUAGUCGUAGAUGCUGGCUCGACCGGUAGUCGGGUACUAGCCUUCGAAUUCCAUCGAGGAUACCUGGAUGGGCGCCUGGUACUUGAUUUUGAACUAUUUCGACACUCCAAGCCAGGGCUGUCUGCUUUUGCGGACAAACCCGAAGAAGGUGCAGCAACCAUUGAGAAGUUGCUUCAGGAAGCAAAAAAUGUUAUUCCGAAGGAUAAAUGGAAAGACACACCGCUUGUAUUGAAAGCUACUGCUGGGUUAAGACUGCUAAGCCCGGAACAAGCGGAAGGAUUGUUACAAGCGUGUAAAGAGUUGUUUAAAACUUCAGGAUUCUUAGCAAAUGAAGAAUCCGUAGAAAUCAUGGACGGAACCGAUGAAGGAAUUUUCUCCUGGUUUACCCUAAAUUUCUUAUUGGGAAAGCUCAAUGGGCGGAAUACGGUGGCAGCGUUAGAUUUAGGAGGCGGUAGUACACAGGUCACAUUCUCUCCCAAGGAUGUGUCACAGACGCCGUUGUACAAAGAUUAUAUGCACAAAGUUCCUACCUUCAACUCGUAUGUGGAGGUCUUCACAACAAGCUAUCUGGGAGCCGGUUUGAUGGCCGUGAGGCAUGCUACAUUAACGAAUGGUGCUCCUGAAGGCAAAAUGAACCUAUCCAGCGAGUGUGUUAAUCCUAUUGUCAAGAAUAAACUGUUCCGCUACGGCACGGAUCAGUAUUAUAUUAGCGGAAAGGAUAAUCCGAGUGCAACGACUGGCGAGCCAAAGGUGGACUAUGAUUUGUGUGCAUCCAUCAUCAGGAAAAAGCUGCUACCCACGCUGAAACCGAGACCUGUCACACUGAAACAGCAUGAAAUUGCCGCAUUCAGUUAUUUCUUUGAUCGAGCCAUCGAAACUGGUUUAGUUGAUCCAUUCCAAGGUGGAGAGACAACGGUACAUGAUUUCAUUACCCGAUCUCGUGAAGUAUGUGCGGAGGCUAACGUUGAACAGCCUUUCAUGUGUCUGGAUCUAACGUUUAUUUCGAUUCUUCUGGAGGAAGGCUAUGAUUUAAAGCCGAAAACUCCGCUCAAACUGUACAAGAAAAUAGACGGACACGAAAUAUCAUGGGCACUGGGCUGUGCAUACAAUAUACUAACUAGUAACAAGAGCUCUCAGUUAUAAACAUAUGAAAAUGUACUCAAACAACGAUACAAUCAGAGAACUAAAACCACCAAGAAUUAGGGACAAGAUUUUUUACGAUAUUUUUUCACAACUAUACAGAAAGCACACCACGAACGAACACAAAAGUUAAUGAUUAAUGAUUUUUAUAGAUAGACAUUCAAACGCCAGAUAUUUAAAUUUACUUACAUCUGUUGGUAUGUUUUGUGCCCGUUUUGUUUCCCAUAUAUUCACUGUAUAUCUAACAACCGAAAUCGAAAGAAAUGAUUACCAUAAUGUGCCUUAAACACUCACACACAAGCCUGUAUUUGGCAGAACUAUAUUUUAAUUGUUGCAGCCAGACAUCGGAGAAAUCGUUUAAAAAUAUUCCAUCAAAAUGAUUAUUACCAGAGUAGUUUCCACUAGUAUUAUAAGGUAAACCGUAAAAACGAGUGCACAUAUUUUUUCUCCUAGAGGCAGCAUAGGCAAAGCACAUUCCCCUAGAAAAUGUUCUUAUAAAUGUUGUGAUCCAUUUUAGAAGCACCUUCACCUACAUAUUUAAAUGACCGAAAGCAAAAUUGACGAACUGUGAGAGUAAAAUUUCAAAGUAACAGGUUGAGAGGUGGUAGAAUAAAUGUAUUCCAUCAA